UUGCAGAGGUCUUGGCGGGCGGCAGGCCGGAGACCUGCAUUCUGCCGCGUCGCCGUCGAAAGUGUUUCUCAGUGCUUGAAAUUCUCGCGUGACCAUCCUGGACGCCAUGCUCCUGCUCCAAGCCGUCGACGACAUCUCGAUUGCCGAGAGCCUCAUGGCCUUGACCAAAGCCUCGGAAUCGCUCUCGUCCGCAGAGACCGAGUCCAACUCGGACUCGGACGUCGAGCCGCUGCUCGUGUCGCUGCGCCGCGCCAAGCCCGACGCGACGUCGUCGCUCAAGCAUCUCACGCGCCUCGCCGACGAAGAGUUCAAGAUCCUUAGCAGCCCAACGGGCAUUGACGAGUCGUGGUGCAUUGACACGAUGCGCAAGAUGGAGCAAGGCCUGAAACGCAUGAAGGUCGAGGAGCUGCACCUGGGCGCGAGUAGCGUCGAGGCCAAGCCGACGCACCACCACCGCCGCAACGGCCAGCUCAUCGUGCUCGACAAGGACAGCGAGUGCGAUCUGCGGCUGCAAGCGCACCAGCGCGACCGCAAGCUCUCGGUCUCAUCAUGGUGCUCGAGCGACAGCGACCAAGGCACGAAGCGCAUCGGCAGCUACUCGCCCGAAGACCGCGCCGAGCGCAUCCAGCGAUACCUCGAGAAGCGAAAGCACCGCACGUGGGGACGCAAGAUCAACUACGGCGUCCGCAAGAACUUUGCCGACUCGCGCCUCCGUGUGAAAGGCCGCUUUGUCAAGAAGGAAGAUGAAGAGCUGCUGUGUCUCUAUCUGGGCAUGACCUAAGCCGCAACGCCGCGCGUCGUCAUGCUGGACGACGGAAUCCAAGCCGCCCGCACCGCCACCUCUUCGUACCUCCUUCUCUCGUCGACGCGUCGCCUCCGCCGACCCCGCCCAACGAGCACCACCACCACUAGCAAGACCUAGCAGUAGACCCUUCUGUAGCCGUAGUCGUAGUCCAACCGUAGUAGAUUUAUCUUCCUGUGUUUUCAAUCCAAAGUCUUGGGCUGCGACCUCGCAAGCCUCGUCGACCCGAGGUAAACAGCCAGAAGGUGACGUGGAGACGCGAGAAAGGCUUUGAAACGGU